AUGAGAAAUAAUAAGUUCUCUCCGCCAAAGAGUUUUGACUUCAAUUACACGCGAACUAAAGAUCCAGAAAAUCAAUUAGCGUUGAGGACGCGAAAGGGCGCACAUCAGUGGCACUACAGCUCCGAUUCCCACUACAACAACAACGCCGGCCAACACUCGGCACUCGGCUCUACGGGACCCGACGGCCAACCGUACAGCGACUACAGCGGACACCCACACCAACCGCAACACCAGCACCAGUCGUCGGCACAGCACGAGCGGGACCGGGAACGGGACAGGGAUGGUAUGAUGCCUCCCGAAUGGCAGCCCACGAGCGCAACGUUGAGCUGUCAGGUGAGGGACGUAUUCCCGGUGCCGGAGAUGACGAUAUACCGGGUGAGCGACGACGACAGUAAGACACAGGCGUUGACCGAAAUCGUGCAGAAGAUCGACCGCAACGCCAACGGGGCCUACAAUGUGACCAUCACUAGUGAUAUUAGGGAUUACGAGCUCAUCGAGACCUACGGCAGUCAUCGCAGUAAUUAUGAAUGUCUGCUAUUAUUGCCCGACGGAUCCAAAAACAAUUACCAGAGAAAGAAACGCAUCACUUAUUUAACCGCCUCUAAUAAAGGCAUUGAGAUAACGGAUUGGGAGGACUGGGGAUAG